AUGGCUGCACAAACUGCAUCAGAUAUUAACCAGAUGUUGGCUUUCCGUACAAACAGCACAUUCCCUAACGUCAACAUCAUUUCAACCUCGCUAUCUACAGUCCUGCAGCCAGCACGGGUGGUGUCAAGUUCAAGAUUUCUGAAUCCAUUUGUUGUCGCUUUGGUCGUCAUUGCCGGGGUGGCGCUUGUGGCCAUGGCCAUAGGUUUACUUAUUCAUUUUCUAGCUUUUGAUCGAAAAGCAUGUUUUUACCGUAGCAGCUUUCAAAUACUAAAUGUUGAAUAUACUGAUGAGCUAAGUUCACCAGCUACAAAGGAAUAUAGAAUUUUGAGUGAACAAAUUGAGUCUAUGAUUAGUAAUAUAUUCAAGGAAUCAAAUUUAAGAAAUCAGUUCAUCAGAGCUCAUGUUAUCAAACUGAGACAGUCGGGCCGUGGGGUAACUGCAGAUGUAGUCAUGAAGUUCCGGUUCAGCAAACGUAACAAUGGAGACUCCAUGAAAGGCAGGGUUCAAGCUGUCUUACAGAAAAUGCUGAAUAACUCCGGAGGCCUGGAAAUUAACUCCUCACCUGGAAUAACAACGAUUACGUCCCAGGAUACAGAAAAUAUUUUCACUCAAGCCUGCGGGGCCCGUCCCGACCUGCUGACCCUGUCGGAAGAGAGGGUCAUCGGAGGCACUCUGGCCGACGACGGUGACUGGCCCUGGCAAGUCAGCUUGCAGCUCAAUAACGUGCACCACUGCGGAGGCGUCCUGAUCAGCAACACGUGGGUGCUGACGGCGGCCCAUUGUUUCAAGAGUUACUCUAAUCCUGAACCGUGGACUGCCAUCUUUGGUGCUUCCACGGUAUAUCCUAAACGUCGAGCAAGAAUAAGGUCAAUUGUAGUCCAUAAUAAUUACAGAUCUGGAACUCAAGAAAAUGAUAUUGCAGUCGUGCAGCUCAACACGGCUGUACCCUUCACCAAGGCUAUCCACAGGGUGUGUCUCCCCGAGCAAACCAUGAGCAUCGUGCCCGAUUCCACCGCUUAUGUAACAGGAUGGGGGGCUCUAACUUACGGUGGCCACACAGUCUCCGAUCUACGACAAGGACAGGUCAGAAUAAUAAGUAAUGCUGCGUGUAAUGCACCAACUGCUUACAAUGGAGCUGUCUUUUCUGGAAUGAUCUGUGCUGGGGUACCUACAGGUGGAGUGGAUGCAUGCCAGGGCGAUUCUGGUGGCCCGCUGGUCCAAGAAGACUCACGGAGGCUUUGGUUCGUGGUGGGCAUCGUCAGCUGGGGUUAUCAGUGCGGCCUGCCAGAGAAGCCCGGGGUGUACACCCGAGUGUCAGCCUACCGCAACUGGAUUCGAGUACAAACUGGGGUGUAG